GUCCGCGAAUGAAUUGCAGCCACACAGCCCCCGGCCCGUUGUCCUUUCUCCACCUCGGUGGUCAUCAGCUAGACAGCUAUCGCGCGCCGUCCCACCACCAUCUUGCUCCACUACGCGGACCACCGCGCGCGAGCAGAGCAUCUCCUCACUCUCUAGCUUGCUCCAGUUUCGCGUAGCUGCGUGACAGUUCAAUUGAACUCUCUGGAUUCGUUGGUUACUUCGUCUGAGCUGCUGCAGCGUUGAGGAGGAGGAGGAGCAAUGGCGCUCACGACGUUCUCCAUUUCGAGAGGAGGCUUCGUCGGCGCGCUGCCGCAGGAGGGGCAUUUCGCUCCGGCGGCGGCGGAGCUCAGUCUCCACAAGCUCCAGAGCAGGCCACACAAGGCUAGGCGGAGGUCGUCGUCGAGCAUCUCGGCGUCGCUGUCCACGGAGAGGGAGGCGGCGGAGUACCACUCGCAGCGGCCACCGACGCCGCUGCUGGACACGGUCAACUACCCCAUCCACAUGAAGAACCUGUCCCUCAAGGAGCUCCAGCAGCUCGCCGACGAGCUCCGCUCCGACGUCAUCUUCCACGUCUCCAAGACCGGGGGACAUCUCGGGUCCAGCCUCGGCGUCGUCGAGCUCACCGUCGCGCUCCACUACGUGUUCAACACGCCUCAGGACAAGAUCCUCUGGGACGUCGGCCACCAGUCGUACCCUCACAAGAUUCUGACCGGGCGGCGCGACAAGAUGCCGACGAUGCGUCAGACCAACGGCUUGUCGGGAUUCACCAAGCGGUCGGAGAGCGAGUACGACUCCUUCGGCACCGGCCACAGCUCCACCACCAUCUCCGCCGCCCUCGGGAUGGCGGUGGGGAGGGAUCUCAAGGGAGGGAAGAACAACGUGGUGGCGGUGAUCGGCGACGGCGCCAUGACGGCCGGGCAGGCGUACGAGGCGAUGAAUAACGCGGGGUAUCUCGACUCCGAUAUGAUCGUGAUUCUCAACGACAACAAGCAGGUGUCGCUGCCGACGGCGACGCUCGACGGGCCGGCGCCGCCGGUGGGCGCGCUCAGCAGCGCCCUCAGCAAGCUGCAGUCCAGCCGCCCACUCAGGGAGCUCAGGGAGGUGGCAAAGGGCGUGACGAAGCAAAUCGGAGGGUCGGUGCACGAGCUGGCGGCGAAGGUGGACGAGUACGCCCGCGGCAUGAUCAGCGGCUCCGGCUCGACGCUCUUCGAGGAGCUCGGCCUCUACUACAUCGGCCCCGUCGACGGCCACAACAUCGACGACCUCAUCACCAUCCUCCGCGAGGUCAAGAGCACCAAGACCACAGGCCCGGUGCUCAUCCACGUCGUCACCGAGAAAGGCCGCGGCUACCCCUACGCCGAGCGCGCCGCCGACAAGUACCACGGCGUGGCGAAGUUCGAUCCGGCGACGGGGAAGCAGUUCAAGUCGCCGGCGAAGACGCUGUCGUACACGAACUACUUCGCGGAGGCGCUCAUCGCCGAGGCGGAGCAGGACAACAGGGUCGUGGCCAUCCACGCGGCCAUGGGGGGAGGCACGGGGCUCAACUACUUCCUCCGCCGCUUCCCGAACCGGUGCUUCGACGUCGGGAUCGCCGAGCAGCACGCCGUCACGUUCGCCGCCGGCCUCGCCUGCGAGGGCCUCAAGCCGUUCUGCGCCAUCUACUCCUCCUUCCUGCAGAGAGGCUACGACCAGGUGGUGCACGACGUGGACCUCCAGAAGCUGCCGGUGAGGUUCGCCAUGGACAGGGCCGGGCUCGUGGGCGCCGACGGGCCGACGCACUGCGGCGCGUUCGACGUCACCUACAUGGCGUGCCUGCCGAACAUGGUCGUCAUGGCCCCGUCCGACGAGGCGGAGCUCUGCCACAUGGUCGCCACCGCCGCGGCCAUCGACGACCGCCCCUCCUGCUUCCGCUACCCAAGAGGCAACGGCAUCGGCGUCCCGCUACCACCCAACUACAAAGGCGUUCCCCUCGAGGUAGGCAAAGGGAGGGUACUGCUGGAGGGCGAGAGGGUGGCGCUGCUUGGGUACGGUUCGGCGGUGCAGUACUGCCUCGCCGCAGCGUCGCUGGUGGAGCGGCACGGCCUCAAGGUGACCGUCGCCGACGCGAGGUUCUGCAAGCCGCUGGACCAAACGCUCAUCAGGAGGCUGGCCAGCUCCCACGAGGUGCUCCUCACCGUCGAGGAAGGCUCCAUCGGCGGGUUCGGCUCCCACGUCGCGCAGUUCAUGGCCCUCGACGGCCUCCUCGACGGCAAACUCAAGUGGCGGCCGCUGGUGCUACCCGACAGGUACAUCGACCACGGGUCACCGGCGGAUCAGCUGGCGGAGGCAGGGCUGACGCCGUCGCACAUCGCGGCGACGGUGUUCAACGUGCUGGGCCAGGCGAGGGAGGCGCUCGCCAUCAUGACGGUGCCCAACGCGUAGCAGAUGCGUGGCGCCUCUGGUAGAGACAAUGCUUUGUACAUGUAGAGAUCAGUGAAUUGUAUAUUAGUCGGCGUCGGGAUAAAUAUUGAUUAGUGAUGCUGAGGGGAACAGUUACAGUUUUUUUGCUCUUCAGUUGUUCGUGGACGGAGACCCGGCUGCUCGAUGUUCGAUCGCUUGUAUAUCUAAGAAAUGUUGUAAGUGGAUAGAUUUAUUGAUCAUGAUAAGGAUUAGUCGGGUAUUAAUUGAAAGCAUCAAAAUGCGACUCAA